AUGACACGGUCGAUCUUGAAAGCCUGGCUCGUGGCUGCUGUGGCCGCCUCAAUUGCCACAGCUGGUUCCAAUUCCGAUCAACUUCAAGUUUAUGACUAUGUGGUGGUGGGAGGAGGCACAGCUGGCUCAGCACUAGCGACUAGGCUAAGCCAAGGCCUGCCAGAUAAAACCAUCCUGCUGAUCGAGGCCGGCCCUGAGGCGUUGGACGAAGAUCGCAUAAAUAUCCCCGGUAUGAAGGGGUCGACGCUCGGCACUCUUUAUGAUUGGAAUUUUACGACUGUACCGCAAACUGGACUUAAUGGGCGAGUUCUCGGAGCCAACAGAGGCAAAGUGCUUGGAGGAAGCUCAGCAUUGAACUUGAUGACAUGGGAUCGAUCCGCCGCUGAGGAAUACGACGGCUGGGAGCAACUCGGCAACCCAUCUUGGAACUGGAAGAAUAUGAUCGCCGCAAUGAAGGACGUGGAGACCUUUACCGGUAUCAACUCAUCCAACUAUGGCGACCAAGGAGUUGGCACCAGUGGACCAAUCCAUACCAUAAUAAAUAGGGUUAUACCCGCGCAGCAGGAGCUCUGGUUGCAAUCUAUGGCUGAUCUAGGGAUCCCGCAUAACUUGAAUUCCUUAGGUGGCAAUCCUAUAGGGUAUAUGAACCAGCCUAGCAACAUCGAUUCUCGAACAUGGACGAGGUCAUACGCCGCUAAUGCUUAUAUCCCGAAAUCGGGAAGCAACUUACAUCUGCUACUAGAGACGCGCGUAGCCAAAGUGAAUUUACGGAAGGGUCGAAAUUCAUAUACUGCAACCGGUGUUACGCUGCAAGACGGCACCAUUAUCAGCGCCAGAAGAGAGGUUAUUCUAUCUUGUGGCGCUAUCCAAAGCCCUGGCCUGCUAGAACUGUCCGGCAUAGGUAGCAAGGUGGUGCUAUCUAAGGCCGGUAUAGAUCAGAUUAUUGACCUUGAGGGUGUAGGGGAGAAUUUGCAGGACCACGUUCGGUACCAAGCAUCAUACCAAUUGAAGGACAAUUUUACAUCGUUUGACAUACUCAAGUACAACACCACAUAUGCGGCCACACAGCUGGCAUUAUGGCACGCAAACCAGACUUCUUUAUAUGACUACACUGGUAGUGGAUACAGUUAUCUGAACUGGCACCAGGUGGUGGGCAAUAUGGCUGCGAAGCUCAAUUCUCUCGCCCAGAAUGUGGUACUUUCCCUUGGGUCUGUUGUCGAUAAGAAAAAGCUACAGUACAUUGGAUCACUUUUAUCGCCGCAAGUGGAAGUCAUUUUCUCAGAUGGCUACACUGGAGUGAAGGGAUACCCUACCGUCGGCUCUCCUCUCCGCGGCAACAUUCAUAUAACUUCUGCCGAUGUCGAUACAAAACCGCAAAUUGACCCACAAUAUCUAUCUAACGAGUACGACGUGCAGGCAGCUAUCGAGGCUAUCAAAUACUGCCGUAAGAUUGCAAACUCGUCGCCGCUCUCUUCAGCAUGGGUAUCCGAGUUCGAACCGGGGAUGGCUGUACAGACGGAUGAGGACUGGCGUCAGUACGUUCUCAACACUACACUUUCUAUAUAUCAUCCUGUUGGGACAUGCGCAAUGCUCCCCAAGAAAGACGGCGGAGUGGUAAACCCAGAGCUGAUCGUUUACGGCACCAACAAUCUGCGCGUUGUGGACGCAAGCAUCAUACCCGUUCUUCCGUCUGCACACAUUCAAACAGCAGUCUACGGCAUCGCCGAGCGUGCGGCUCGAUUUGUUAUACAGAAGUCAUAG